AUGCGCUCCACCACUUUGGCUUUGUUGUUCCCUGUGGCCCUCGCGGCCCCUCGCGCAAGCCCGAACGAACAGGGCUGUGAGCUUACAAUGACCUCGAUUCCCGCAAUCACACACACGUUUCUCGCCCCAAUGAAGACGUUCGUGGUCAACGCGGCCCAGAGUGACGGGUGCCAGUUGCAUCCUCUUAUACCGUCUACAGUUCAGUCCUCUCCCGCAGGCCCAGCCACCACCGGCCAACCCAGCACCAAGGGGCUCCCAGGCACCUGCCAGGGCCCGCAAUGCCAAUCAAUCAACAGCUUUACCGAUGAGGCCGUUGACAGUGUUGCGCAGACUUCUCCCUGCACAAACUGCGUUGACCACCCGGCCACUCGGCCGACGGAUGCCCCCGGCCAGAAUGCUCUUCCCUCUACGCCCCUUACUGGUGCAGGGGAUGAGGGCCACCGCCAGGGUCCAACAACUAACCCCACCAACAUCCACUCCGGCACUCCCAGCCCACAUUCUUCUUCCGGAGCUGUGCAGCAGCCCAAGAAUCCCGGACAGGACGGCACAGAUGGAGACGCAUCUGUACGACCUACGCAGGGUAUCUCCAUUGUUGCGGGUCCGUCGAUCGGAAUCGAAAAGACGAGUCAGCCAACAUCGACAUCUGGCGUUGCAAAUGCCCUCACGACCAAACCCUCUGUAGCUGAAUCUGAGCCGGGUUCUGCUACAAGCAACACUACGGUUUAUCACAACUCUGUUUCGUCCUCCGUUGAGACUUCGGUCUGGUCGACGUCUGCCAGAGGCAAUCUGAGCCAGCCAGAGCCAACUCGCGUGCAAGUCUCCUCCGCCUCCGCUUCUCGCGGCAUCGGAAAUCUCUGGAACGUACAUGCCCUACUGUACUCGGUCGUACUCAUGUUGGCCGGUACACUGGUUUAA